UGGUCGGAGAGGGUCAAAGAGAUGGCGCCCUUUAGAAUAGGAAAGCUGACCAGCAUGCCUGUGAGUGUGAUAUAUGCAUCUGUAAGUGUACGUAUGGCCAAAGAAGAGGAAUCCAAAAAGCAGCUAGUAAGACCAGAGCAGCUCCCCAUAUAUACUGUGCCACCUCUUCAAUCUAAAUACGUUGAAGAGCAGCCUGGUUAUUUACAAAUGGGCUUUGCAUCUGUCCGCAGUACAACUGGUUCUUAUAUUGGCUGGUGCAAGAGUACAUAUAUCUUUGUGAAAAAUGGAAUAAUGGAUACAGUACAAUUUGGAAAAGAUGCAUAUGCCUAUCUGAAGAAUCCUCCUCGAGAUUUUCUUCCAAAAUUGGGAGUGAUUACAGUUUCAGGAUUGGCAGGCUUGCUUUCAGCAAGAAAAGGUUCUAGAUUUAAGAAAAUUGCUUAUCCACUAGGACUGGCUACUUUAGGAGCAACUGUUUGUUACCCUGUUCAGUCAGUAAUAAUUGCUAAGUUUACUUUUAGGGCUCUGGAUAUUGAUUGUCAUAAUGGCAACCAAAAAGAAAAAGCUGAAUUUGAUACUGCUGACUUCUAG